GUUACCCCUCGCCCCUCCCCUUUUCUCCUCUCGCGGCACUCGACUCCUCGUGCGCAGCGCAAGUCUGCACGUUCACCAUUCUGUGGCCAGAAAUUUCACUCGCACGGCGAUUAAUUUGAGUUCCACAGACCAAGGUGCGAAUUUGAGAGUUUCCCACGGAGUUCCACCACCAAGAGAUUGGGUCUGCUUCUUUUUGUUUGCUUGCCGUCUCCCGUCCCAAGGGCGUAACUGCAUUUUAUAUGACUUUUCAUCGCCAUUUCGAAAUAUCACAAUCCAGAGGAAAAUCUGGGCGUUUACACAUAGCCCUCGAGCCAAUUUUUGGCCUAGACCCUAGGUGUAUGAUUUCAACUACGUGGGAGAACCCCAUCAGUUGUAGGACAUCAAAAUUUUCAAGUAAUAGGCACCGAAAAUUGCAGCCAUUCAGAGAAACGUGACUCGACUGAGGUCACCACCUAGUCUCCACCGCCAGCAGCAAACUGACUUUGAUUUGAAGAUUGAAAUUCUAUUGUUUAAAUCUAUUUUACUGUUAUCCACCUCCCUUGAGAGCACAUCACCCUGAAUUUUACACACGGAAGCACCCCGCCCGAUUUUCGAGCCAGCCCAAGGACGCGUUCCCAACAUCCAGCCCCACCUGCAGCGCAGCUCGGCGCCCCUGGCGACCACGUCUCCUGAUCGCACGACCACCACCGCCAUCCACCAUGGCUAUCAACGUCAACCGAAGCAACCCGGACCCCUUCUACCGGUACAAGAUGCCGAGGAUCAUGGCCAAGGUUGAGGGCAAAGGCAACGGAAUACGGACGGUCAUCGUCAACAUGAUCGACGUAGCCAAAGCUCUGGCACGACCUGCAACCUACCCAACCAAGUACUUUGGUUGCAAGCUGGGAGCCCAGACGCAGUUUGACUUCAAGAACGACCGUUUCAUUGUUAACGGCGCCCACGAGGCAGCCAAACUGCAGGACCUCCUCGACGGAUUCAUCAAGAAGUACGUCCUCUGCCCAUCCUGCGACAAUCCCGAGACAGUUCUCCUUGUCAGGAACGGCAUCAUCAACCAGACAUGCAAGGCCUGCAGCUACUACGGAACCAUCAAGAUUGACUACGGCAUCAACACCUACAUUGUCAAGAAUCCUCCUGAGAUCAAUCCAGCCAGUCAGGGCAAGUCUUUGACCGAAGGCAAGCGUGCCAAGCGCUCGUCCAAGAAACAAAAUGACGACUCGGACGAUAAGAAUGGGCGUUCAUCUCCCCCUGAUGGCGAUGAUUCCUUCAUUGAGAACGGUGAGGAAGAGGAUAAAGAGGAUGGCUAUUGGGACAGCAUUGCCGACGAACCAGUUGUUGUCAAAGAGGAGCUCACCGAAACCCUGAAGCACCUCACCAUGAAUGACGAAUGUGAGCUGAGCGAGAAAGAACGUAUUGAUCUGUUCUAUGAAGAGGUGAAGAAAUUCCGCGAUUCCAACACCCUGGAGGCCAAGCACAAGGAUCUGGAGUCCAUGGCUGACCGUCUUGAGAUCCGCGCGAAAGUUCCGCUGAUCCUUGUUGAGCUGCUCUUUGACGAGAACAUCUUGAGUCAGGGCCCAAAACAACGCAAGCUCUUCCUCCGCUUCACCCACAACAACUCAAAGGCACAAAAGUACUUGAUGGGUGGCAUUGAGCAGAUCAUCGCUCUCCACAAGAAUACCUUGAUGCCCAAGGUUGCCUACAUCUUGAAGCUGUUUUACGAACUGGACAUCUUGGAGGAGAAGGUCAUUCUGGAAUGGGCCUCCAAAGUGAGCAAGAAGUAUGUCAGCAAAGAGCUAAGCGAGGAAAUGCACCAGAAGGCAGAACCGUUUGUCAAGUGGCUGCGUGAAGCUGAGGAAGAGGAGAGCGACUCUGAAUCUGAGGAAGACGAUGAGCUUGAGAUUGAAUAUAAUGAUCGUGUGAGCUCAACCCAGCUGACCAAGGUUCAGCAGCCUCCACCUGCUAAGAAGACCGACACUUUGGAUGAUGGCGUAGAGGACAUCGACAUUGACGCUAUCUAAGCCAGCUUGCCAAUAGCAGAAAUUUUUCUCCAUCCACAUUGACCCUCCUUCCCACACAAUGCUUACUCAACAUCUAUCUGCACCCUCCAGGCACAUGAGCUACUAAUUACAAAUCAAAGAAAGCAUUUUGUUUGAUUAAAAUUGAUCGAAUCACAAGAUGAUGAUGUUGUUUGUCGGUGUUAACUGAAUUCAUUGUGAUCUUUUUACUAUGGUUAUUUGUUCCCUUGCUGGUUUCCUUUGCACAAUGUCAGUUGAAGUUAAAACAAAUUAAGAAGUAUUGUAGCAUUUAAUUAUUAUUUACUAUUACUCAUGUGCCAUUUAUUGGAAUACCGAUCAGUCCAAAAACAACACAAAUCAAUUUGAACACUAUUAUUUGCGUUCCUGCUGAGUUUGGUAGAUUUUUUGCACUUGCAAUGGCGGUUUGAUAAAAUAAGGGUAUAACAUGGGCGAGCAAACUUUCAGCUUGGAGGAAUGUGCGGUUACUAUUUUUUUAAUUUCAUAGUCUUUUGGCCUAAAUUACAGAUUUUCAUGAACCAUCUUAAUAAUAUAAACUUUCUGUAAAGCAUGAUAGCAAAACAAAAUUUAACAAAUCGCAGCUUCUAAAUAAAUUUUUUGCUUCUUUCAGAACAAAUUCCGACGAAACUAUUGGAUGUAAUUACCCAUGGUUGUAAUGAGUUACAUGGCAUAUUUAAAUAAAGGUUUAUUUCAGCAAUUAUAACAAA